GAUUGGGUCCGAAUUCCGGUUGCAUCAGGCCAGGACAUUCUUGCAAAUGAUUGUGAAAUUCAAUCUCAACAUGGGAAAAUCCAAAUUUUAAAUUCAGUCAUCACAUGAAUCACAUUCAUUGAGUAACCUUUAUAAAGAGAAUGGACAUUAAUUAUCGGAACAGUUAAAUUCUCUUCUCAAAGAAAUAUACCUCAUACAGUAAGUUUUUGUGAUAAACAAAAGAAGUUUUCGUAGUUUUACUUCCAACUAGAUCCAAGAUGUUAGCAAUAAUGAAGCGGGCAUGCUUCGCCCAUUUCAUAUUUUUAUCAAUGCUGGCAAGCGCAUUGUACAUAUCAGAUCAUUCGUCCACGAUUGCUGAACUCAAUUUUCGAGACAUCACAGUUUUCGACUUCGCCUUAGUCAAGAAUGAAAACCUGUCGCCAGAUUUGCUGUACAUGAAUUUAGAAGGAAAUGAUCUAACGUCCAUGCCGGCCAACUUCUCUAUCUAUUUUCCUCAGAUGGAAAGGAUCAAACUGACUGACAACUGGCGGCUGUCGUUCCCACCAGAUGGUAGCCCAUUCCUACGGUCGCCAUCAUUGAUCGAACUGUUCUGUGAACGAUGUGGCAUUAAUGAAAUAUUCACCCAAUCACUACGUCGUCUGCCUCAUCUGGAAUAUUUAAGGCUGAGUGAGAAUCAGAUCGACCGAAUUGCACCAUAUGCCUUCCGCAAGAAUCGAAACCUUCAGGAUGUGGAUUUAAGCUCGAAUAAGCUAUCGAGAAUACCGGCAGAAAUGCUGAAAGGCCUUUCACGCAUGAAGGUGCUUGAUCUGAGCAAUAAUCUGAAUUUGGGCCUGAACAACGAGGCACCAUUUCUAACCAGCGAUGUUCUGAAGGUGUUAAAGUGUAACUAUUGUGGGUUCACGGAAUCCUACGAGGACACUUUUUCGGAGUUGACCAACCUCCAGGAACUGCACCUGAAGGGAAAUCAGAUUCUGGCAGUUCCAUACCUACCCGUUCCUGAGGUUUUGAUUGUUCGACGAGGAUUCCAACUGGCAUCCAGCAGAAAUGAGCUGCCCAACAAAAGUGAAGGUCGUGACACUUAUUGGGCGUGGAGCAGAACUGUGGUUUAUUUAUAAUACUCAAAUCGUUGGUUGACAAUUACUUCUAUCGAAUACAAUCUAUAUAUAUAUAUAAAUGCAGUGGCAUACGUGGGACCGCGCAUAACUUGCGAACGGAUGGUCCGAUUUGGGUCGUCUAAGUUUUGUUCUGUUUUUUGUUUUUGUUUUUUUUAUGUGUAUUUUAACUUAGAGCUAAUUCUACACUUUUUUGUUCUGUUAGUUUUCACCCAAGGAAUGCUUAUGAGGCCAAAAACAUGGAAAAAUUGAGUUUUUGAAAAUCGGGUUUUCAUACAUUUUGAACGGAAACUUGAGCGCUUGGCUAGGGACUUGAAACGUAAAAAAACGCAGUGGGCAAGACAAAGUUUGCCGGGUACAGCUAGUAAAUUAUAUUAUAUACAUUAAUUAGCUUUAUAUCACAUUGAAGAUAACACAUAAUUGACAUUACCACGAUAUAAUACGCAGUUUGCUGCUGCCACUCUCGUUCCUCGAACACGCCCGAUGCUCGCCAGAUCACCGAUCCUCGCCUACUUGUACCGAUCGGAUCUGUUGGGAACACCAAUUUUGCAGGGUUGUUGACCGGCAUUCUUGCAACAUGCCCUGCUCACCGUAUCCUUCCGAUUCCGACAUUGGUCAGCUUCUCGAUGCUGGAUUCGCCGUAGAGCGCAGCUUGCUGCGUGGUUCAUUCUUUGCCGCCACACUGUUUUCCUAAAUACCACCAAGGACUGUCCCAAGCCGGAUUACCCGAGGAUUUGCGAUAAGGCAUUCGGUAUGUGAAAUUCUUAAUUUCAUCUGGAGCACCCGCAUACUCCUUACAAUUAUAAGAUCAAAGUGCCAGCAGUAAUCUUACGCUCCCAAACACAUCCAAUUAGAAAACAAGCGAGCAAUAGAUUGAUUCUGUUCGUUUUGCUUUCAUUUGGACUGACUUUCAACAAAUCUACAGAAAUAAAAAAAAACAAAUUCAACAAGACCUAAAUCCUUUGUUUUAAGUAGGAUUAAAUCAAGACACCUAGCUUAAUAGGAGAAUCGAUACCCUACAUGUCAAAUAGACCUAACCAUCGGAAGUAAUAUAUUUGUUUUUAAUUUCCA